CAUCAAAAGAAUACCUCAUUAGUUGUCACCAUCGUUAUGGGUGUUCAUAUCUGCGGUUCAUGUUGUAGAGUUGAGGCGCAAAAGUGAGAUUCUGCAAGAUUUUUUGACGCAUGCAGUCUCCACAAAAUCUGUGUUGCUAUCAACUUUUUGAAAAGCAGACACAUUUCCCUUUACCCCUUGAAUUACAAAACACUCGGACAAAAGAUAAAGGACAAGAAAGUAUAUAAUGCAGUACAUCCCGUAUCACUAAAGAACAUCCAUAGAAGCUGUCAUGCCUAGAGAAAUUCGGGCAUUGGCUCCUUCCAAUUCCUUCCACAUGCUUGUUGCAUUACUGACAUUUUCUCUGCUGGUGUCUUCAAACGUUGCCGUCCCGAUUACAAGGCCAGGGAGCCUAAUGCAUAGGCCUAAAGUUCAUUACCCAAUCCCAGUAAAAGCGCAUGUGAUCAAAGAAGGAAGAAAUCUGGAAGGUAAACUGGUUAGCAGAAGGAUGAUUGUGGAGCUCAACGAUUAUCCAGGGUCGGGGGCUAACAACCGGCACACUCCUAAGGCACAGUCUGGGAGAGUUUGUACUGACUGUUAGUUCUCCUCUGUAUUAGGAGCGAGCAUAUUAGUCCCUACAUUGAGCGUAGAUCUUAAAUGUCAUGUUGCUGUGGAGAAGCAUCAGGUUCCUUAAUUUUGAUCCUGUACCGGUAUUAGAGAAUUCUUUUGUACUACGGGUGAGCGAGAGGUGAUUUAGACUACAGAAUAGAAUUAGAAACCAAGUUUAUGAGGUAAUUCUCGUGAUAUUGAAAUGAGGGGUAUGAAGCUAGUCUUCAGUAAUUGUUAAGUAUGAGAAUGUGAUUGAUGUCAGCUAAGAGCUUUGAUCAGCAUGUUUCUAUAGAAGCCUAGACAGAUUUAUUUCA